CUGACCAAGCGCAACACCGGACAGCCUCGAAACACUGGAUAGCAUGGCUGGAACCCUGGUGGAGCUGCAGCCCGCGCACGGCUUCGUGCCACUGCUCGUGGUGCUGCUGCUGUUUGUGAACUUCUGGGCCGGGAUAAAGGUGGGCAAGGCUCGCAAGCUCUACGGGAUCGAGUACCCGCAGAUGUACGCGGAGCAGAGCAACAAGAACGCCAAGGCCUUCAACUGCGUGCAGCGCGGCCACCAGAACAUCAUGGAGAACAUCCCGCUCUUCCUCGCCCUUCUGCUCACGUCUGCGGUCUACCGUCCCCAGAUUGCCGUGAUCGCCGGAUUGGUGCGCAUUCUUGGCUUCAUUGCCUACAUGCGCGGCUACUCGUCGGGCGACCCGAAGAAGAGAAUGCAGGGCGGCUUCGGUUACCUAGGACUCCUUGUGAGCCUUGGCCUGACUGUCGAGGCGAGCCUGCGCCUUCUGGGAGUUCUGUAAGCGAAUGUGCAAGUCUUCAGUUUUCGCGGCUCUAUUGCGUUUAAGCGAGUGAUGAGAAAGCUGCGACGCGGACCACGAGUGGGCAGAAAUACGAACAACCGGAGUUAAAUCCUCGGGUCGCGGUGUUCAAAGAAGUAGUUAGCCGUCUAAAACUCAACAACCUUGGACUUGUGGAGAGAAGUUUUGGGCAGAAUCGCCGUUGUAACCUCUACUGCAUUAAGGCCAGCAUACCUUGUCGAUACUGCACUUCGUUUUCUUUCAAGUGCUCACGUAGCCGCACCGCACUGAAGCUACACAUACUUACUCGGAGUAAGUUGCUCACCGCCAAGCGAAGUCGGCGGGCGUUCAGUUAUGAGCUGCAGUCCUUGUGUAGCUUGCAUAAGUACCUAUAAUGUGUGCACACAGCAAGCCUACAGUGAACACGCUCGUCAAAUACGCUCGUCAAUGUGGGCAGCACCACCGGCGCGAAGUUGAGGUGGCCAUUGCGUAAUAUCAGCUCGCUGAUUCGCUGAAAAGCGCGGGUCCCCUCCAGCCAAUGGCGUCCCUUCGCUAUUUCAUCGCUCGGACUGCGCCCCAGCUUCCACAUCCUACGGAUAACCGCACGCUCGCAGCCGGAGGCAACGCACUCGCCGAUCCGCGCCUUUAGCGCCCGCACCACCGCAACCUUCCUACACUUAACUGACUCAUGGGCAGCGAAGUGGCCACGACGUCCCUGGCCGUGGCGCUCUCCGCCGCGGCGGCCGCCGCCUACAUCGUGCAGCGCCAGCAGAAGAAGAGCAACAAGAGCACCACCAACAAGGCGCUGCCCUUCCCCAUGACGCGCACGCCGCUCGAGCGCGUGCCGCUGGACCAGCUGCCCAAGCUCAAGAACGACUUGCUGCUGCGCGCGCUGCGCGGCGACCGCACGGAGCGCGUGCCCGUGUGGUGCAUGCGUCAGGCCGGACGGUGCGUUGAGUUAGCUGCGUUUUGAGCCCUCUUCGAGGUUGAACGGAGCAGCAGACUCAAAAGUUAUGCCUUGUUUUACGUGUUGUAUUAUGACACGACAGCCACCUGCCCGAGUUCCGCGAGCUGCGCGACAUGGGCUACGACUUCUUCACCAUGUGCGGCGUGCCCGAGCUGGCGGUGGAAGUGAGUCUGCAGCCGCUGCGCCGCUACCACAUGGACGCGGUCAUCAUCUUCUCGGACAUUCUCGUGAUCCCGCAGGCCAUGGGCAUGGAGGUCAAGAUGGUGCCCAAGGUGGGGCCCGUGCUGCCCGACCCGAUCCGCACGCCCGAGGACAUCGACAAGCUCGACCUGAACCCCAACAUCGAGGAGACGCUGGGCUACAUGCUGGACGCGCUCAACCUGGCGCGCCAGAAGAUCAACGGUGAGGUGCCGCUCAUCGGCUUCGUGGGCGCCCCGCUCACGCUCAUGUGCUACAUGAUCGAGGGCAGCGGCAGCCGCACCAAGGCGCUGCUCAAGACGUUCCUGUACCAGCACCCGAAGGCGGCCCACAAGCUGCUGCAGGGCAUCACCGACGUGUGCGUCAACUUCCUGCUGGCUCAGCAGCGCGCGGGUGCUCAGGCUCUGCAGGUCUUUGAGAGUGUGGGCGCUGAGGUGCUGACCCAGGACCACUUCUACGAGUUCGUCUUCCCCUACCUGGUCCAGAUCGCGGACCGCGUCAAGGCGGAGGCGCCGGACACGCCCAUGGUGUGCUUCUGCAAGGGCACGCAGUACGCGUACGAGAAGCUCGUGGCUACCAAGUACGACUGCAUUGGUCUGGACUGGCAGUCCGACCCCGUCGAGGUGCGCCAGCUUGCGCGCGGCCGUGUCUCGCUGCAGGGCAACAUGGACUCGAGUGUCAUCUACGCGUCCACGGACAUUAUCUAUGACGAGGUCAAGAAGAUGCUCAAGCGCUUCGGCACGCAGAAGUACGUGGCCAACCUGGGCCACGGCUGCUUCCCGGACAUGGAGCCCGCGCACGUGGACGCCUUCAUCAAGGCCGUGCAGCAGAUCUCGCUCGAGAUGAACUCGCGUUAGACGACGUCCCAUGGCGUUGCCAGGUUGGAGUUGUAUUGAAAUAGAAGACAGAGGUGCAUUCCUCUUGGGAUAAAUAGUCAACUAGCUGCUGCAAGCAUCGUCGGCGAGAUAUUGAGCGCAUCCGCGAAAAUCUAACGUGUACAUCGUCAAAUACGGCGUUAGUGGUAUACAGUAGUUGAAGUUGUCCAGCACUACACGCACCGUGAACAUCUUGCCGAUGUUGUCCAUCCUUCGCCUUUGCUCCUUCUCCAUCACCGCGUUCUUGGCUCGAAGCUGCUCAAGCGCUGCUCUUUGGUUGUUCGCGUGCACCUCUGCGAUCUCCACUUUCUUCACUAACAAAGCGAGUUGCGAUGCGACGCUCUGCGCCUGCUCUUCCAGUCCUGAGCGUACCUGCAUUUGUUGCUUCUGAACGGUACUGAGAGCUUGCUCCAUGAGUUCCAGGUCGUCUGCACGUUGUUGCGCCUGAGCGCGAGCUUCUGACGCUUGUCGUUGAGCUGCCGAGUCGAAAUCCUGCAGUCGGUCCAGCAUGUCGUCGACGUGCUUCUGCCAGUUUCCACGCAAACUGUUGGCCUCUUCGCAGAUCUCCGAGAUACGACUCCCAGUGUCGCUCUUGAUCUCGUGCAGCUUGUCCUUCACGUCCAUGACGUCGCGCUGCAGUUGCUGCAUCCACUCGACGUUGUGGCUGUGUGAGGCCUUGAGAAUCUCAUUAUCUUUGGCCCAGUCUCGCUCCUUGAGACCCCAUAUCUCCAUCGUCCGCUUCAGUUGCAUCACCUCUGUAUGCGUCGCCUUGUGCAUCUCCCCUUGGCGCACCACGUCUGCGUCCAAGUCACCAAGCUUUCGGGCCGUCUCCUUGCGAAGUCCGUCCACCUCGGUCAUCACCACGUCUGAAAGCGUAUCGAAAGCACUACGCAACGCGCGGAUUUGUGAAGUCAGAAACUCGAACGUGGCCUGCGACUCCACCUCCAGCACUAGCUGAUCAGCCGCCUCGCGCUGCAGCUCCUUCACAGCACGUUGCAGCUGGUGCAUGUCUGACAGCGGCUUCUUUGUCUUGGCCAGGCGCGAAGCUGUCGUUUGUUUCAGCGAGAUAGACAUUCCCUACGGUUCUUGGCUGUAGUAUUUCAAAGUGACGAGGAGUUUUCAAAAGCUCGGCAGUUAGUGAAUGAACGGUCGAAUCGAAAUCGAGAAGACCUGAAUUGGGGUAACGACGAAGAGGCGGCAGGCAACAUCAGAAGAGCAAGCAAUAUACAAAACAUACCGGGGCUGGCCUUAUACUGUUUGCAGCCAGGGCCGUCGUCACGCUGUAUAUCGGAUUUCAUUUCUUCGUCCAGGAGCUGAAAAUGCACAUUCGACCGAACUGCUUUCCUGCGCUUGAUGACAGCUUUCGCGCCUCCUUUUCCUGUUUCUGGUAUUAUAUGCUGCAGUGUCUUACGUGUAGCGCAGUCCAUAGUCGUCCUCUCCAUCGAGUAGUGACAUCGCCUCCUUGUCUUCUGCCGACAAGGUCGUCGCUUCUACCUCCGGAUCAGGGUCCCACUGAUAAAGCACCUUGCCCGCGAAGAUGAUCAGGAACGCGAAUACGUCCACGAACACUGAUGGCGGGAUCCAGUUCCGCAGACCGUCAUGGAGGUUAAUGAGGCCAAAAUUGUCGGGGUCCACUUGAUACCAAGCCAGCACCACAAAUGAAGUCAAAAAGCCCACGAGCGUGCACCCAUACAUUGUGGAAACGCUGGUGAGCCGGAUGAGCUGGAGUAGCAGCACAUUCACGACGAUAUUGCUGAGAACGUAUAGAAGGAGGAUAGGAAGACCCAGCUGCAAACAAACAAAUACCAAAAAGAUAUGAGAACAUUGGGCUGGGUGCCAUGAUCACGAAACUAACACUUACGUAGCAGUGAUCUGUAGACACCUCGCUUUCUCCUUGAAUAAGGCACAUCAAGCCGCUUGUCUUUUGGUCGAGGUGAAGGAACUAAUAACAUCAAGUAAAUGAGGUUCAGGGCGCGAACGAAAUAACGACCUUUAGAGAAUGCUUCGUACCUCCGCGUC